AUGAUGACUCCAAGGCUCAGGGAAGUGAAGUGACUUGUCCAAGGCUGCGCAAUCAGUAAGUGGUGGAGCUAGGUUAGUUUCUCUACUGGCAUGGCCCCUCUCUGCUGUGGUAUUGCUUCAUACAUCUCUUGUGACCCAGGCAGAAAAGAACUGUAGAGUCUUCUAGAGGAGCUUUCUUAACCUUCUUCCACAUUCCUCCAGUGAGGAUAUUCCCUGUGUUUUAGGUCUUGGUACCCCUUUCCUUUUUCUGGCAAUAGCAGCCAGAUUCUUGCUCCUCCAGAUGCUCUAUAGGACCAGCUACUGCCGGGCUGCCUCCUUCCCUCCCUCUCUCUAGUAGAAGUUGAGCAGUGAGGGCUACCUCAGUCCCCUGGAAAUCCCUGAGGCUUCAUUCCUUGGUUUGUGGGCUCUGUGGCCUGGUCAGCUUGUAACCUUGGCGGUAGCAGAAGGAAUUUAGCAAUAAUAGGCCCAUGCACUGCUGGCCCCUGGGUGCUCAGUCUAGCUCAGGGGUUGGAAACCCAAAUGGCUUCAGGACCCAGGUGGACUAGAGCACUAAUCAGCUGCAGUCUAGGUCACCAUGUCAGAAUGUGGACUUGGUAUGACCAAGUUGUCCAAUUUUCAAGGUGAACCAAAAAUCCAGACGUUUAUGUAAAAAUCUCCUAAUUUUUAAAUGUUGACAACUAAUCAUAAUAUUUUUUUAAAAAAUGAUUAUGGGUCAACAAACCAUGUCCACAAACAGUGUCCAGCCUGAGUCACAAGGCUGAGACCUCUGACCCAUGAGAAAGUGAAGGCAGUUUUUGCUGGACUACCUCCAGGCUUGUGUAGAUGUGGCACCAUGGCCAGUUAACACAUUUGAACUAUUAAGGCUGCAAGGUGCUGGCAGUUUCGUUUGUCAAGUGCAGCUGUGUAUGCUGGUCUUGAAGUAUUUUCACAUCCCACAUCAAUUCUGCUCCUCCCUUGGCACUGCCAGGCUGGUCUCAUCAUUUCUGUCUUAUAGGUGAAGAAAAUUCAGUUCAGGCAUGGGAAUAGCUGGGAUGGGUUUACACAGCUGGGCAGAAGGAGGAUUUGAACCCAGGUCUCCCUGCUCAGUGCUCUGUGUGUUCACCAGGCAGCCCCUCAAAGGAGGGUAUAAUCCCCUCUGCUUUCCCCCUACCCCCCCCACCCCAAGCUGUGGCCACCUCCCUUGGAGGGGCAGAUCUGAGUAGACACCAACGCCCUAGGGCCCCCAUCUUUUGUCCCAUUUGCAGUUUCCCAAGCCCUGGGUUCCUGGCCUGGUGCUGAGGUUGGAUCACAGAGAUGCCAGCAGGUGAAGUGUGUCAAGCCAGUACCUUGGCCUCGCUGGGAAUAAGGUUCUGGCCAGCUCCAUGCCUGCCUGAUGGUGGCAGCUGGGACGGUUCCUGUCACUUUUCUCUGGUUUCAGUUCAUUUGUCUUGGUGUGAGAGGAGUGUAAAAAUGUCACCAGUGCUUCCCUGAAAUGACCUUCCUGCCAGAUUCUACAGUUCCCUGGAUUUCAUAAGCCCACAGGCCACGUGGGCCUGAAGUGGCCCCAGCUCCCUGCCUGUAGAGUGGGGAUGACAGCAUCUCCCUCCUGCCUUGGAGAAGGAAAUGGCAACCGACUCCAGUAUUCUUGCCUGGAAAAUCCCAUAGACAGAGGAGCCUGACGGGCUACAGUCCAUGGGGUCACAAAGAGUUGGACUGAAGCGACUUAGCAUGCACGCAUGCAAACUUUACCUCCCAAGGUGAUGCAGUGGUAAAGAAUCUGCAUGCCAAUGCAGGAGACUCGGAUUUGAUCCCUGGGCCAGGAAAGAUCCCCUGGAGUAGGAAAUGACAACCCACUUUAGUAUUCUUGCCUGGAAAAUUCUAUGGACAGAGGAACAUCCUAUAGACAGAGGAAAUUUCAAUGGACAGAGGCUGUAGUCCAUGGGGUUGCAAAGAGUUGGACUGAGUGACUGAGCACCCUCCUGCCUGAGGCAAUGAAUGUAAAGAGGUUAGCAAGGGACUUGGCAUAUGCAGGGAGGGCACGCAGGACAGGUGAGUGGUCACCUUUCCUACCCCACCCUCAUUCUAUACACCACUCUCCCCCCUCUCUCCUCUGUCCCCUGGCCUGAAUUCCUCUUCCUUCACAGGACUAGCAGCUCUGGGCUCAUGUCCAGGGCUUCCUCUUGUGACCCAGAACCCCUUUCCUCUUUCCACCUCAGAGCCCCUGGUACACAUCUUAAUCUCCACAUAGACUUUUCCUUUUAUUCACGUAGAUGUAUGUAUCCUCAGCUUGUUUAUAAACCUCCCUGUGAGGGCUGAGAGCUGGUGAUAGCUUGGUUAUCAGUGAUGUUUUGGUGAAUGGGCAACAUGUCCCAGGAAUGAACUAGAUGCAGACCUAGCUUUUGAGACGUUCCUUGUCAGACAGGUAAAAGACCAAACAGGUAACUGAACACCUCCAGUUACUCCUUCAACAAGUGGUUUUUGAGCUACUAUAUGCCAGAUGAUGAAGACAGACGUAGCCCUCGUGUUGGACACAAGUGACUACAGAACACUGUGAUCAAUAUUGCUGGACUUCUCAGCCAGCCCUGGGGGGCAGUGAGGGAGCUGGAAACUGACACGUCCAGGGAGGUGACAGGUGAGACCGAAAGGCUGAGGAGCAAGUGCUGGGGCCAGAGCAGUGAGGCCGUGUUGCAGCUGGGUUCAUAGAAGGCCUGGGGGAAACAGGCAGUGUGGAGAAUGGCAGGCCAAGCAGGAGCACCGUGUGGAAGCAGAGAAAGUGGUCGCAAUGGUCAUGGAAGCCCAGGUGAGAGAGGACAGUGGCUUGGCCAAGCCAGCAGUGACAGGUGGACAAAAGAAAGUGGACAGAUGAAGACACAUAACUCUGAGGGCUAAAAACAACAGGACUUGGCAGAUGGUGUAAAUGGUGGGCUCUUUGCGGAGAUAAAAGACCCAGCAGCAGAUCUUUGGGGUCUAAGGUUAGGGUGCUAGAAUGCUUUAUGCAGAGGAACAGUGUGGGAGGUACACACAGCAGUGUACCAGGCCCCAGAGACCAUUAAUCUGUCUGAGCAGUGUUCUUAUCUGUCAGAUGGGCAGAAUGCUCACCUAGUUUAUAAGGUGACUGAGAGAAAACUCUGCGGCAUCCAGCCCUGGGGCACACACGUCUGCACCCCCAGCUCUGAAACUGUGGGCAGCAGUGCUCAUGUUUUGGGGUGUCUCUAAGCCCUUUGCAUGGAUUAGCUCACUCUUCUCCACUGAUGAGGAAACUGAGACAACAUAACCCUCCCCAGGUCUCAGUCCCACCCCCCGCCGUGCUCCCAGUGAGGGCAUGGCCUAAGAAAACCCUACAAAGCGAUAUACUCGGAAACUCCACAAAGAAAUCAAGAUGGAACCCUGAAAAAUGUCUAAAUAACCCACAAGAAGGUAAGUAAAGAGAAUGAGGAGGAAACAAACAGAAAACAAAGCAUAAAACAGCAGUCUUAAGGAUAAGCCUGGCUGAAGGCUCUGCUCCCAGCACACAGCUGGAGUUGGUAUUUACUAAGGACCAGGCAUGUGUCUGCAGGGGAUGGAGAAGAUGAGCUGCUGUAAGCAACAGGCAGAGGGUCUGCAUCUGAAGGGCUUUCCAGACCUGCCAGGAGCAUGCACGAGGCGUGAAGGGGUAAAGGAAUAAUACUUUGGAAAGGCUUUGAGAAACUUGGCUUAGGAAAAGCCCUUGGAAAAGUCUGAAUGAAUCCCUUGACAUUUAUAUAGUGGGCAUCUACUGUGAAUUAGAUGAGAUGUUACUGAGCAACUCCCUCCAGAUCAGGAGGGAGGCUCAGGCAGGAUUCCUGCCAUCUGGGCCUGCUGGACCACCAGGAUGAAGCAGCAGCCCCAGAGGCAUUUGUCAUUGCUCCCCUCCACAUUAGGCACUGGAGUCAGUGUGAGGCCAGAGGGCCAACUCAGCUGAGACUGUAUGCAGACUUUCUCUCUCAGAACCACGGUGGCCAAGUCUGUACAAUUCAGCAAUAGUUCCGUCACUUGGCUGGUAUUUAGCUAAAUAGAAAUAAAAAUACCCACCAAGGCCUGUCUACUGUGUGUCAGGCCUUGUUCUAUGCCUCUUCUAUGAUCUUACAUGAUCAUACGUUGAUGAUCACGUCUUAACAUGAUCUUCAACACCACCUUCUCGCUGGGGAUCACAUCCAUUUGGUAGACUAGAGAGUCGACAGUGGCACCCAGCGGGUCUUGGGUUUGGCCUGUCUGUCCCCCUAAUGCCCAACGAGCUGAGCUAGACCCCUCAGGGCAGAGUCCCUGUCCUUUGUUCCUUAUUAACCCUAGAGCUGCCAUUCCACCUCUCCUUCACCCUGUAGCCUUUUCCCACUCUUGAACUGAGGGCUGGUCGGCAGAAGCACCAAGUUUUGGUGAAAAGGUGCAGGAAGGUGCAUUUUGACUACAGGCUGGCCAACCUGGCCAGUGCCCCCACAGGUACCAAAUCUCCUGUGCUGAGUGUUCACACAUACUUAUUUAAAUAUCACACUCAUCAUUUAGGGGAAAGUGUUUCAACACAGACUUUGGAUUCAGAGUCAGGCUAAAUCCUAGCUCUUCGCCUUAUUAGCUGUGUGACCUUGGGCAAGUCAUUUCCUUUUCUAAGCCUGUCUCGUCCAUCAGAUGGGCAUGACCCCCACAGUAGGAAGGUGGUAUUGAUUACAUAAGAUUAUUCUGCAUGGAAGGAUUCUAAAACAAGGCUUCACACAGCAGACAGUCCUUGGCGUUGGAGUCAGCUAAACUGCAUCACCUCCAGCCCCAGAAGUGCUUCUGUGACCCAGAGCUGUUCCGGCCCUGCAAGCCAAGGAGGCACCUAGUUAGUGCCAGCUUCCUCAGAGCAUUCCUGAAAAUUCCUGUGGGCUCAGGAAAAGGAGAACAGAUUUAAUUAACCCCCAAUGACUGGCAGCAUCGUGUUUUUAUCUGGGCUGCGUCGCCAUGGCAGCCUCAUGGUGGGGUUGUGAAGGGGACGGGUGGAGCUAUUGUUCCUGCCAUUGUCUGUUCUGGAAUGGAGGCCCAGGAGAAAGGGACUGGCAUGGGCACCAAGUGGCACAUGGCACAGAGCAGCCGCGGAGUCAGACAGGAGCCAUCUGGGGAGAAGUGUGGGGUAUACUGGGCGGCCUGGCUUCCCCCCAGCUUGCUCUCAGACCAGUCUAAGUUUAAUGUGGGGUCCUCAGCUUGGGGCUCAAGCCCACUGUGAUGCCCAGAGCUGAAUAUAUGUGUGCCUUGGCUGGGCAUGCUGAGGAUGGGGGACGGGGAGUCCAAAGAGACCCACAAAAUAGCUCAGGAGGCAGCACUAACACCCCAGGCUAGGGUUUUGUGGCCAGGCUUGGAUUCAAAUUAUAGAACCAUCACCUGCCAUCCACACAGCUGCUAACUGUGUAAAAUCUGUAAAACAGGAAUAAUUCGUUACCCCAAAAGGUUACUGUAUGUGAAACGCCUUGGAUGUGAGGCAUUCAAGAAGAGCUCAUUCCUGUUCUGAGGGGGUGGUGAACAGUUGCCUGCCACUGUCCCUCCAAAGUCAGGGCUCCCCUCCUACAUACCUCUUACGAUGCAAGCUUCCCCUCUCAACCCUGACUGUGGAGAGGAAGUGGAACUGGAAGUGCCCAUCUGAAGUGAUGUGGGCCCAGGCGGUACCAAUUACUUGAGCUAGUUUCCCUACCCUCUGCAGAGAGGGAAAGGAGUUGGGGGAAGGGACAUGGCGGCCUGGAGCUAGAAGGGCAGGGCCAAGUCGGGCUGCGCAUGGGUAGGAGGCUCGGGAAGCGGAGACGGAGAUGGGAUUCAGCGAGCGGAGGCGCCUAGAGGAAAGGAAAAGAGGGAACGGCCCACGCUCGGCGGCAUGUUCGGCUCAGACAAAGACAAGCUGGUAGCACGCAGUAGCCACUAAGAACCGUCCGCCUGAUCCCCCCUACAAGAGCUGAGACAACCAGGAGGCCGCGGUGCGGGCCGGAAUGUUCCAAGCUCUGGGCAGCCAGGUUUGGGAGCGGGAACAAGGUCUAAGACGCCAGACGUUACCAGGUUCCACGCGGUCCCGGGUGAGGCCCUCCAGCGCGCCUGCCGGCGCCAUGGGAAGGAACGGGCGCCGCUGCUGCUGCUGCUCCCCGCCGGCGCGCGCACGACUUGAGCCCAGCUGCGGGCAGCCCCCGGCCGCGGGUCCUCGAGUGACGCUGGCGGCGUCUGGGAGCUUGGCGCGGGCCCGGGGCCACGUCGAGGAACCCAUUGUCCAGUGAAGCAGCCGAGGACCCGCCGCCCGCGCCGCCGCCAUGGUUAUGUCCCAGGGCACCUACACGUUCCUCACGUGCUUUGCCGGUUUCUGGCUCAUCUGGGGUCUCAUCGUCCUACUCUGCUGCUUUUGCAGCUUCCUGCGCCGCCGCCUCAAACGGCGCCAGGAGGAGCGGCUGCGUGAGCAGAACCUGCGCGCCCUUGAGCUGGAGCCCCUUGAGCUUGAGGGCAGCCUGGCAGGGAGUCCCCCGGGCCUGGCGCCCCCGCCACCCCCUCACCGCGGCCGUCUUGAGGCGCCGGCGCACGCCCACCAGCACGUGCACGUGCACCCGCUGCUGCACCACGGGCCCGCGCAGCCACACGCGCACCCGCACGCACACCACCACGCGCUUCCGCACCCGCCGCCGCCGCACCUCUCCGUGCCGCCGCGGCCCUGGAGCUACCCCCGCCAAGCGGAAUCGGACAUGUCCAAGCCACCGUGCUACGAAGAGGCGGUGAUGAUGGCCGAGCCGCCGCCGCCCUACAGCGAGGUGCUCACGGACACGCGCGGCCUCUACCGCAAGAUCGUUACGCCAUUUCUGAGCCGCCGCGACAGCGCGGAGAAACAGGAGCAGCCGCCACCCAGCUACAAGCCGCUCUUCUUGGAUCGGGGCUACACGUCGGCUCUGCACCUGCCCAGCGCCCCGCGGCCCGCGCCGCCCUGCCCUGCGCUCUGUCUGCAGGCGGACCGCGGCCGCCGGGUCUUCCCCAGCUGGACCGACUCAGAGCUAAGCAGCCGAGAGCCACUGGAGCACGGAGCUUGGCGCCUGCCGGUCUCCAUCCCCUUGUUCGGGAGGACUACAGCCGUAUAGAGGGCGCCCGGCGUCCCGAGCCCCACCCGCGGACUCCUGGCCUGAUUGCGGGGCUUUUUAAAUGCUUCCCUUGGACUGCGGGGGGGUGGGAGGGUGGGGCGGGAGGGAGGGAUUUCUUACCCCGUUUGUUACAUUUUGAGGAUAAUAAAGGUGUGUGAUCUGGUUUGGUACAA